ACAGCGUUAUCAGACUGAUACGAGCCCUGCUGGCAUUUAAAAAGAUCGAAGUUCUGACAGAGGUGAGAAACAAGACACUAAGAACACAGUCAUGGCCUCAAGUCUGUCCCUCCUUCUUCUGGUGCUAUGUGCUCUGCCUGUGGCGCAGGCUCAGCUCAGGGUGUUUAACUUGCGUGCCAGUGGCCUCCCCUCUGACAUUUUGGGGAUCACAGAUGGCUACGUCAAGGUGUUUUGUGGCUCCGCCACUCUGGGCAAAACAGCGGUCCGGAAGGACACCGUUAACCCUUGGUGGGAGGAGGAGUUCUCCUAUUUCAAGGCCCAGGAGCGUGACGUCUUGAGGCUUGAGGUUUAUGACAGGGAUUUGAUCUUUGACGACCAGCUGGGAGUGUGCCAGAGACAGAUCCGACCUGGAACCCACGAGCACGACUGCUUCCUGACGAAAGGUGGCACCCUCCAUUAUGCCUACACCCUCGAGCAACACAAUUAAUAAGCAUUGAAGAUGGGAUUCUUUUGCAAGUUUGCAUCCUUCCCAUAGAGGACUUCUGAAGAAAGGAUGCUGUGGAUAUUUGACUGCAGUCAUUCACAAAUCCUGGUUUACCAACAAAUACACAAUAUUAUUGGUUUUUCUGCUGUUGUCAAUGCUGUCAAACAGAAAUAAAGUCUGGUUCAACAGUCAAA